GUCAAAUCCCAAUUCAAUUCAACUGUCACCCAUUGUGGCGAGCACGUACCAGUCAAACCAUCAAUUUCACAACUCAGAUUUUCCCUCAGAAGGCCAAAAAAGCUGGAUCUGCCACACUACCGUCUUUGAAAAUCCUCCAAUGGCAGCUGCGACCUCCCAACUCUCAUGUUUCUCCGCCAUCAACCGCCAGCUUCACCACAAUUCCCGCUCCUUUCUUCGUCCCCAGUCAUGGAUUUUGACGAGCGUCGAACGAAGCUCUGGGAGCAUAAGCAAGAACAGUUUGAGUCACGUGUCCAAUGAGAGGAAGCCCCAUGUUGAAAGAGCGCAAAAUUCUUCGUAUCCUGCUGUGGAGGAAGAAGUAGUGGAAGAAGUUGAUAAUUUAGAGACGACUGAGCCCACAAGAGCUGCAAAGAUCCAUGAUUUUUGUUUUGGAAUUCCAUUUGGUGGGGUUGUUCUUAGUGGGGGUGUUAUUGGUUUUAUCUUUUCAAGAAAUACUGCGACUUUAAGCACUGGUGUGCUCUAUGGAGGAGCUUUGUUAGCUCUUAGCACUUUUAGCUUGAAGAUAUGGAGGGAAGGAAAAUCCAGUUUGCCCUUCAUUCUAGGCCAAGGAGCACUAGCAGCGGCUCUUCUCUGGAAAAACUUUCAAACAUUCUCAUUGACGAAGAAAGUAUUUCCAACAGGCGUUUAUGCUUUUAUUAGUGCUGCAAUGCUGUGCUUCUAUUCAUAUGUGAUGCUCUCUGGAGGAAACCCACCACCCAAGAAGUUGAAGUCUUCUCCAAGUGUUGCAUCGUAAUAGAAAGGCUAUAAUGAGCAGGCAUCUUAUCUUGGCUGCCAUGUGCAUCCGGUAUGGGUGCUGUGAAGCGGGGCUCGAUUUUCAGUUGCCUUGGCCUUGUGUUAUCAGUGGAAUAGGAUUUAAUUUCAGACCCCACCAUGUGGGUGGCAUAAAAGAUAUGUUCUCUAUAGAUAUCAUUAAGAAUAAGAACACUACAUUUUAGUUUCAUGUUCUUGAUCUGAUCUGUAAUAGUAUAAGAUAGUCUUCUCAAAUUUUGUAUCUGUUUCCAUUCAUGUUACCUUAUUUUCUGAUUAUAGGAAGAUGUGUAGGAUCUUGGCCCCUAGAGUUUUCCUUGGCCUUCAUUUAUAAAAUUAUUCCCAUA